CGAGGGCAUCCACCACGACAGACACACUCUGACGACGGACGAUCUGGAAGGAGAGUAUAACACAAGAUGGUAGAGACAGCAGAGCUUGAAAACCUGCUGUGAAAAAGUCAUAUGUGUUUUGAACAACAAGAAGAACAGGGAGAGGAACGAGGAGAAGAAACUCUCUAUCCUCCAGGCCACGGGGGUGAGGAAAUGCUGCAGAGGAGACGAGAGACAGAACGUGUGUUAAUAGACCUCCCUCAGCCUCCCCCCGCUCCUCCACACACUCCCUCGCUCCCAGAUAAGAGGGCAGAACUCUCUCACUCCGGUCAUUUCACACACCGCUCUGGGAUAGGAAGGAAAGUUCUCCUCUUUUGUUUACUUUUCUCUCGUGUUAAGAGCCUACAGAUUGGGAGACUCAUUGAGACGGGCUGUUUCUGCUUCUCCUUGAAAUCUUUCUUUGCCUUCUUAUCUAUCUGUGAGAGUGUGUUGUGGUUACUCAAGGCUCAGUGCCUGUGUCCAUUUCUUCAGGGGAACCUCGUGAAAACCAGGAGCUUCUGGUCUUGCAAUCCAACUGUGAAAAGAAAAGAGUCAAAAAAAGCCUCUUCAUCUCCAUCCAACCAUGUGUUCUUCCAUCAAAAGAGUUUGAACUACUGAGUUGGCACCUUCUCUUGACCGCAGGUGGCCUUUGCUUUUGCUCCCGCUGCCAUGAGGUUUGCCAGAAGCGGUUGGCAUUUGGCACUGCUGCUGGCGUCCGUUGGCCUGGUGAGUUCCGGAAACGGGAACGGUCAAGGGAGACGCGGGGGAGGUGAGAGGAGGAGGAAGCUUCACCGCGUGCAGAACGGCCAGUGCAGCUACACCUUCAUCCUGCCUGAGAUGGAGAGCUGUCAGGGUGGAGCGGAGCAGAUGAGCGGGACCAAUGUGGUUCAGCGGGACUCACCACCGGCGGACGGCGAGUGGCCCGUUCAGAAGCUGCAGCAUCUGGAGUCGGCCAUGGAAAACAACACGCAGUGGCUGCAGAAGUUAGAAAACUACAUCCAUCAAAAGACGGGGAUGGUGCAUUUUCAAGCUGAUGCAGUUCAUAACCAGACGGCCACUAUGUUGGAGAUCGGCACCAACCUGCUCACCCAGACCGCUGAGCAAACUAGGAAACUCAAUGUGGUUGAAGCCAAGGUUAUGAACCAGACAUCAAGAAUUGCAAUUCAGUUAUUAGAGAAUUCAUUAUCAACAAACAAACUGGAGAAGGAACUCUUAACACAGAUUUCAGAAAUCUCCAAACUUCGAGACAAGAACAGUCAUUUGGAGAGUAAAGUCUUAGUCCUGGAGUCGAAGCAGAGGACGGAGCUGGAUGACAUGAGGGAGGAGAAAGAGCGACUGCAGGACCUGGUGAAGAGACAGACAGCUGCCAUUACAGCUCUGGAGAGACAGCUGAGAGCGGCCAGCACCAACAACUCAGCCCUGCAGAAACAACAUCAGCAGCUCAUGAAGUCCGUACACACACUUAUUGGCAUGGUGUCUUCUGGGACAGGCUUCUCAUCAAAUGAGCAGCACUUCAGAGACUGUGCCGAGGCCUAUAAAUCCGGUCACAACACCAGCGGAGUCUACCACAUUUACAUCGGAGACAUGACCAAGCCAACCAAGGUCUUUUGUGAUAUGGUGACAAGCGGAGGUGGCUGGACGGUGUUCCAGCACAGGGCCAGUGAAAGUGUGAACUUCCAGAAAGGUUGGAAAGACUACAAGCUGGGAUUUGGUGAUCCUAGUGGAGAGCACUGGCUGGGUAAUGAGGCUGUUCACCUGAUCACCAGUCAAGCCCAGUACUCCCUCCGAGUGGAACUUAAGGACUGGGAGGAUAACGGCGCCUAUGCUCUGUAUGACAAAUUCCAGCUGGCUGGGGAAAAACAGCAGUACAGACUCUUGCUAGGGAGCUAUAGCGGAACAGCAGGACAGCAAAGUAGCUUGGCAUCAAACGGCACAGGCUUCAGCACUCGCGAUGCUGACAACGACAAGUGCGUUUGCAAGUGCGCCCUCAUGAUGACCGGAGGGUGGUGGUUUGAUGCUUGCGGUCUGUCCAACCUCAAUGGAAUCUACUACACCGUGGGUCACAACAUCCGCAAACUCAAUGGCAUUAAGUGGCAUCACUUCCGAGGACCCAGCUAUUCGCUCCAGUCCACUUCCAUGAUGAUCCGUCCAGCUGAUUUCUGACGUGAAUAAAUUAGCAUUGCCGCAAGCUUCUCACAUCGACAAUGACAGGACUUAAAGCGCUUGCUUUGGGGCAUAGAAGCAACAAGGUGGAGACAAAUAAAGAUAUCAUUUAAUGGAUGGACGGUGGUGUUUUUACUGCAAAUCCAAGAGCUGGAGUGGAGAAAAGCGAUCAGACUGAAAAUUCAUUACUAUGCCACAAUUUUCUUUUUUACACAUGCAAACACGUUUCUCCUUCACAGCUACUCUGGUCUGAAUUCAUGUGUGGCUUAUAACCUGAAACACUCUCAGCGAUGGUGACUCUCAUGGUGUCAGAACGCGGAUCAUCGAUGUGGCAUAAUGUAAUUCCAAAGGAAAACCUUUCGACCUUAAUGAGUCUGAUUCUGGAACUGUUCUAGAUGUUCCAGAGGAAUAACCUUAAUUUCCAAGAGGUUGUAUUCUAUUUUGUAAAAGAUAAUAGCUGUUAACUACUUAGCGAGGCAGCUGACUAGUUACACUACCAUUCAAAAACUUGAGGUUGGUAAGAUUUUUUAUGUUUUUGAAAGAAGUCUCUUAUGGUCACCAAGACUGCAUUUAUUUGAUCAAAAAUACAGUAAAACAUUAUUAUAAUUUAAAAUAACUGCUUGAAUAUACUAUUUUAAUAUUUUUAAUGAAUUUUCAGCAUCAUUACUCCAGUUUUCAGUGUCACAUGAUCCUUCAGAAAUCAUUCUAAUAUGCUGAUUUGCUGCUCAAGAAACAUUUCUCAGUAUUAUCAAUGUUGAAAAUUGUUGUGCUGCUUAACAUUUUUGUGGAAAUCAGAUACAUUUUUCUUUCAGGAUUCUUUGAUAAAUAGAAAAAUCAACAGCAUUUAUUUGAAAUAGAAAUCUUUUAUAAUAUUAUAAAUGUCUUUACUGUCAAUUUUAAUCUAUUUAAUGCAUCCUUCCUGAAUAAAAGUGUUAAUUUCUUUAAAAAUAUAUAUUACUGACCCCAGACUUUUAAAUGGUAGUGUAUUAGCAAGUCAGCAGGUUAGACUGACACAUUGCAUAAUUUUAUGUAUAUUUUUAAUAACUGGAUAUUUUUAAUAUUUUGCAUCUCUUUCUUUUUUUAGUCGUUUUUAGGCCUGAAACAUACUCUGAACAAGCAUGUGAAUGCAAACGCUUCUCCAAUGUGUCAUAAUUCAUUUAAUGAGACUAAAUUCUAUUUGUUUAAUGUGUGUCAUAUUCUUAACAUUGCUGUAGGAUGCUAUUAGUAGGCUUGAGCAUAAACUAUCUUGUUUAUGGUCUUGACGGAGCAACAUCAGAAAGGAGAUCUUGCUGGGCAAGUUAGUUGUAGUCGGCGGGUUUGAAGGUAACUCUGUUGCCUUCUUUAGUACAUACCUUUCUUAAAACAACUCAAAAGCAAUGUGUUGCAUUUGCCCACUUGCAGAAAGUGUGUUUCUGGUCUUAUAAUUGUUGUACCCAUAUGAUUUGUAUGUUUUGUAUGUAAAAAAAAAGAUACUAUAUUUUGUUUACUAAUGUUUUUAAAUGUGUUCUUUGUGACCUGUUGUUCCCAUUUCAAAACUAUAUUGUCAUUUUGUCAUUUUUUUUUUAGGAGGAUGCACUUUAAGGAGUACAGUAUGACGGUCAUGUGGUUAGACAGCAGAUACGCUGAUAGGAGUUGACUGUUCCUACAAUUGUACAAUAUGAACAAUGCUAUUAGUUGCUGCUGUGGUAUAUACAUUAAUACUUUCUGACCAUAAACCUUUCAACAUGCAUUAUUACUUUCUGACCAUGAACCUUUCAUCACAUAUCAUCACAGUUUGAUGAUAAACCCUGCAGAUCAGUUCUGGAGGUAAACUGGAUAACAGCUUUUCAAUAGGUCGAGGUUUAUUUUACUAUUCUGAACUAAAAGUUGAAGACGCCAAAGGCUUUCCUGUCUUUUUGUGGUUCGAGCUUCCUAGUUCAUACAGUGUUUUUAUUUAACUGAAUUCCAGUUUUCUGCCAAAAACAGCAGGAGCAUAUGGAAGACAUUCUCUCUUGAUCAGUCUUUAUUCACAUUUUAUAAAAUGUCAGUUUGUCAUGUCAGAUAUUCUUUUUUUUUUUUUUGGUUUUGUUUUAAGAGGUCUACAUGACCAAUAAAGUGCUUCUUAUAUGGA